GCGCUUGCUGCGGGGCGGGCGGGAGCGGCCGUUGGCGGCGGGAAGCGGCGGCUCGGACGCGGUUUGGUACAGCGCUAUGGGUAAUGCACCGGCGGAAGAUGAAAUAACGCUCUUUGAAAGAGAUAUGAAAGAGUUUUGGAUCCAGUUUAAAAUCAGUUAUGGCACUGAACAGAACAAUCAGACUUCAGCGCUGAGAGAUUUGUGCAAGGAGACUAUAGAAGCUCUUUCAGAGAAAUGGUCCAAGAAGCUGAAAGAAGAGGACCUGAUGAUUGACAAAAUUCAGGAGUAUGACAAUGAGAUUCUCCAGCAGAGCAAAUACAUAGCAGAAAAGGAAGAGCAGUUGACAGAAAUAAAAUCAAAGCUAAAUCAAGAAGAAGAAGAGCAGAAGAACUUGACUGAGAGCAUCCAAGAGCUUAAAGAAGAGUUGAUGAAGAAAAUGGAAAUAAAAUCUUCUAAAAACCAAGCUGCCAAGGAGAAGGUGGAACAAGUGAGCAAGAUUAAAACAUUGUUUAAAGAGCAUCUUGGAUUGGAGAUGCGCAGGAUUCAUGACGAGCAAUUACAGUUUAUAUUCAGAAACAUUGACCACAAAGAUCCUGACAAGCCAUAUAUAUGUACCCUUUCCAUAAAUGAACAAGGGGACUAUGAAGUGACUUCCUGUGCUCCUCCUCUGGACUGUAUUGCGGAGUUACAGCUCAAACUGAGAGAAACUAACAAUUUUUCUGCAUUUGUUGCCAACAUCAGAAAAGCUUUUACUGCUUUAUCGUAUAAACAGCCUGCAUGAAACUAGUUUUUACCUCUCUUUCUGGGUAUAGAGCACUCUUAUUUCCUUCCUGUUGGUGAAAUAGUGUAUUUAUCAAUGUCUGACUCUUAAUUUCUAAAUAAAGAUAAAGCAGUCUUUUAGUCCACUGUUAUCUAGACACAUUUUGUAUCAUUCUUCAAACAACAGUAUCACCAACUACUGCCUUAACUGGAUGUCUCUGGAUAUGUAAAUUUUGAUCCAUGACAUGCAUUAAUGAUGUAAUGACUUGUAUUUAUCUACCCCGUGGAGCUAAUCAAAAUAAAGUACCUUCUGUGGUUUGUGUAUCUUUUCUAAAAA